AGUCUUACCUAGACCAUGCAACAAAAUGAGAAUGUUCAAAUUAACAUUGUCCGCACUCGAAGUAAAAGAGAACGACAGCUCUGUCUUUUUCUUGUCUGGAGACUUUGUGGUGGUUGAGGCUGCCACUGGAGAGACAUUCAAAUGCGAUUGGCUCAUGAUCGGUUGAGGUGACGAUCAAAAAACGUAGAAGUCUUUGAUUUAACGCUCCGCGCAAGUUCGACUUUAACCUCAUGAACCCUGCUAUUGAAAGUCGCAUCCAAGUGGUCAACAACCAUUACACCGCCUGCAAAACCUACAUCGAUCGUCUGCAAAGACUACAUGGAGACAUUGCUGUUCAGCAGGAACUUGCAGCCGUUGUGCGAGAUCAAGUGCGGACAUUUGCCCAUGUGCUCCAGAGCUUACAACAAUUAGCUGACGAACAGGAUGCACAGUCCUCUCGGCGAGUGGUUAUGGAAAGAUACAAUCAAGGCGAAAAACAGCUGAAAGCACUGCAGGCUAGUUCCAGGAUAGCCUUAAUUGAAUCAAAGAAGCGCGCAGAGGAACAAGCAAAGCGCGAUAGAGAAUUAUUGUUCUCUUCUCGGACUGGAGCAAAUAUGGAACAAUACGAACUAAUGCCACGAGGCGACAAAAAUAAGGAAGAAUCUUUGCUGAGAGCAUCGAGCAGCGUUACAGAGGCGCUCAAACGAACGAGUACUUUGAUGCAGCAAGAGCUGGAAAAGAGUUCAUUUUCCACCACGGUUCUGGCUGAUUCAUCGAGAACUAUGAACACUACAUAUUCCGAAUACCAAAACUUUGGAUCGUUGCUGACCUUAUCCAAGUCUAUCAUCACUAAAUUAGAAGCGUCCGAUUGGCUUGACCGUAUCUUCCUCCUUCUCGGCCUCCUAUUCUUCGUUUGUGUUGUUAUUUAUAUUAUCAAGAAGCGAACGUGGGAUGUUGGCAUAUCAUGGGCCACUUGGCUUAUGGGCAAAGGAGGAAAAACAGCGGCAAAAGUAGCCACUCAGGCAACCACCGCUAUAUUUGAACCUACACAAACCGUAGCUGCCACCAUUUCAGAAGUGAGUAGCAUAACAGACAGCUCUGUUGGUACGGUUGUUAGCAGCGUAGCUAGUAGCGCAGCGGACAGUUCUUUGAGUGCGACUAUCAGUUCUACAAUAGACACGUUCGUAGAGAAUAUCGUAAAAGAUGAAUUAUAAGUUAAAAUGAAAAUUUGCCUUCCCGCCU